CACAAUAGAAAUGUUAUGUGUACUUCAUCAUAUUCAAUUUUCUUCUUACAACUGUGUCCAUGCAGUAAAUUUUCAUGUGACUUGUCACUAUGGGGCUUACCAUGCUCACAGAUCAUGAACACUCCACCAUUCAAGCGUAAAUUUUCUGACAGUUCUCCAUAUAAGGUACAACAGCUACUGGAACAGGUGAAAAAAGAUGUAGCUGGAUCAAAUCAAGAACAGGGGAAACCAUUCUGUUUCAAGACAUUUCAUUUCUUCACUGCCCUGUUGCCAUGCCUCAAACAAGUAAAUGAAGAGUUCAAACAUUUCUACAAUGUGAGCGUCCUUGACCUCGAUGUAAAGGAUGAUCUUCAGAGGUCGAAGGUCAUCAAUUGGUGCAGAACAGCAAAAGUUUUAUAUCCUGUGAAAGCAAGAGCUGAUGGAAACUGUCUCCUGCAUGCAGUGUCUCUUUUCCUUUGGGGGGUGGAGGACAGGGAUUUGAUGUUACGCAGACUUGUAUAUCUCUCUCUUGCCAACGACACAACAGAAAAGUUCUACAAGAGGUGGCUGAUACAUCAGAGAAAUGUGGCCUUCGAUCGACCCAAUGAGUUUAACCCCAAUAUGAACUCAAUGGAUAUGAAAGCAGAGUGGGAAAAUAUUAUAAAAGCAGCAGAAGACAUUCCUUUAGAUACAUCUACUGCAUUGAAUUUCCAGUCCUUGGAAGGAAUUCACUUGUAUGUACUAGCCAACAUUUUAAAGAGACCAAUAAUAGUUUUAGCAGACAGGAGUGCUCGUUCAGUUUAUGGUCAGAGCAUGCAGAGAGAUAAUAUUGGAGGGAUUUACCUACCUUUAGAGUGGCAGCCAUCAGACACCUGCAAGUCUCCAAUAACGAUAUCUUACAGCAUGACUCACUUCUCACCUCUCCUUCCUCAAAGAACAGUGCAUGAUGGGAGAGCCACAGACUCAGAAUAUGUUAUUCCAUUAGUGUAUCAUGACUUUGAACCUAUUGUGCUAAGAUUUUUACUUUAUACUGAAGAAAAGUUGGGAUAUGAUUUGCUCAAUGGAUAUUUAGACACUAAAAACAUUCCCAUGACCACUGCAGAUUCCAUUCUUCAAAUUCCUGUGGCAAAGUCCAACUAUCAUAUAAUCAGCAAGCCAGAGUAUGACAUUGUGAAGAGUCAUUUUGAAGAAUGUCAACAAAUCUAUCAAAUGUGGAUUAGGGGAACACAGGUUUCUGUUAGUCAGCCUCAGAUGAACUUUCAAUUGAACAAUGAGCCUAUCAGAGUUUCUAGUCAAAAUUCUGCUCCACAGAGGGCUAUUGGUCAACCUAACCCAACCCCCAAAUGCCACACUCCAGGAUGUGACCUUUAUGGUUCCCCUGAUUAUGGUGGAAUGUGCUCAGACUGCUUCAAUAAAUAUACAAUAGAAUUUAAUAGAAAAGAGACAGAGAAUCAAAAACACUUCAUUGUGGAGCCUUCAGCCCCACUGGCUUCAAUGCCAUUUCUUCCAAGUGGGAAUUUUUGUGAAAUUUCGAUAAUGAAUGAAAAUUGCAAAAACUUUGGUAAAUGUGGGAAUAAAAUGUCUGUGCAUAAGUAUCCAUUCUGUCAUGAGUGCAAGCCUGAUGUCACACCCACUGGCCACCCGAUCAGUCAGGAAAUGAGCUCCUCUCCUCCGCGGGCCGUGAAAAAUGAACCUGUGGAUGACAGCAGACUCUUUGGAGAAGGAGAAUUUAGAUCAUUAAAUCUAAAAGUGAUGGAAGCAAAUAGAACUGGCCCAAAAUCUCCUCGAAAUGCUAAGUGCUUGUCACCAAGCUGUGAAAAUCUUGGCCAUCAGAACUACAGUUAUUUAUGUAAAGAGUGUUUUUCCAAACACCACACUCCCACUCCCAUGUCCACAAGUGGCCAGGAGGGUCCGUCUUCACAGACCUACUUGAUGAAUGCCUCAGGCGGAGGUCCUUCUACUGGAACCCCCUCCCCAGGGGACUCCAGCAUUCAGCUCUUUCAAAGUGGAGGAAAUAUGCUUAGUCUGGAAGAAAUUAAGAUGUUAGGGAAAUGCAAAACUCAAGGAUGUAAAAAUUAUGGACAUGCACACUUGCUUGGAUUUUGUGACACUUGUUUCAAUUUAAAAAAGCCCUCUGAAUCUUUAAUGACUUCUGGAUCAUGCUCAACAUCGUGCAGUUCUCUCAGUGACAAAGUUUUGUGCUCAGCACCAGGAUGUGAAAAAGAAAGAAUUAGAAAUGAAUAUGGAUUGUGUCUGCAGUGUUUCAUUAAAAAUAAACGACCAGCGGAGGUUAGCAAAGAGCCAGUACCUCCCCCAGACAGCAGCACAUUAGAAUCCAAAACCCCGCUGGAGACCAGUGAAAUUCCUCAGCCUCGCAUUGUGACCAGUUCCAGGGACAAGGUUAAAUGUGCCUCACCCCUCUGUGAUGCCCUUAUUUAUCCUCCCAAGCAACUGUGUGACAGAUGUAUGGGCAUCCUUCAAAGAGAACAUGCAGAAAGCACUAGGUCAAGGUCACUGGAGGUCAGACGACAUAAACCAGCUAGGCAAGGAAACGCGUAUUCUCCCUCCCGCCAAAAAUGUCUGACUGAAAACUGUGAAUUCUAUGGAGACAAAAAAUUCCACGGUUACUGCUCUAACUGUUACCAAGUUGCAACCUUUUCCUCCCCGUUGAGAAUCAAUCUACCAGUGGUAACCCCAAGACAGAGCAACACUGCCCCACAUCUUCGCCCAGGAGUCAACUGUGUGGAACCAGGAUGUGACAAAUUUGGUGACCCCUCCAUGAGUUACCGCUGCACCGAACACUACAGACAAGCUAUUUUUAGAGCCCCACCCCCACGUACCUCCCCUUACCCCCUCCCAGCAGAGGUAGAACAGUACAAUGUUGCAGAAAAAGACAGAGGUCCCCCCAUCCACACUCAGUUGCCCCAACCCUUUAGCCCCCAGCAAUAUAACAUUCCUGUGACUUCUAGUGGGGCAACAAGAAUGGAGAAUUCUCAAUAUAUUCAAACCAUGGAAAAAGUGGAGGGGUCUAGAAAAGGGCAAAAAUGUAAAACACUCUCAUGUAACAAUUACGGCAACUCGAGUAAGCAAGGGUAUUGUAAUGCAUGCUAUAGAGAAAGGACUAACAUGGGCUCAGGCCGCCAUAGUGACCAGGGGGAAUAUACUUGUUGUUAAGAAUAAAAAUCUGUGAAAAAAUGUAAAUUACAACUACUGAACUGAU